AUGGUUGUAGCAGAAGGCAAAGGUGAUACCACCACAUCUCACGGAAGUCCGAUGGAACAACAAAACUCAUACAGACCACCAUGGACAACUCCAUAUAUCAUUGGAGUAGGAGGUACAUCAGGUUCAGGUAAGACUAGUGUUGCAUCCAAGAUAGUCUCCUCGAUUGAUGUUCCUUGGACAGUCCUAAUAUCCUUGGACAAUUUCUAUAAACCUCUGGAUAAACGUGAUCGUGAAUUGGCUUUCAAUAAUAAUUAUGAUUUUGAUGAACCGAAUGCUAUUGAUUUGGAUCUAGCGUAUCGUUGCAUAUCAGAUUUGAAAAAUGGGAAAAAGGCUCAGCUGCCUGUGUAUAGUUUUGUUAAUCAUAAUAGAGUUCCGGGGAAGUCUAUUACAAUCUAUGGUGCUACCGUCAUUGUACUUGAGGGUAUAUAUGCCCUUUAUGAUAAGAGAUUAUUGGAUUUAAUGGAUUUGAAAGUUUACGUGGAUGCAGAUUUGGAUGUUUGCUUGGCAAGACGUCUCUCGAGGGAUAUCGUUUCCCGAGGAAGAGACAUGGAUGGUUGUAUUAGACAAUGGCAACGGUUUGUUAAACCAAAUGCGGUUAAAUAUGUGAAGCCUACUAUGCAAUUUGCUGAUGCUAUAAUACCUUCUAUUAAUGAUAAUAGAGUUGCAGUACAAUUGUUGAUUAAUCACAUUAAUUCUAAAUUGGAAAUAAAAUCAGAACAACACAUUAGAAAAUUAGUCAAAUUAGGUUACUCAGAUUCCAAACCAAUCCGAGAUCAUGAAAAAGUUCAUGAAUUGGAACCUACAAACCAAGUGCAAGCAAUUAAGACCAUGUUAGUUACAAAGGACUUAUCGAGAGAUGAUUUUAUAUUCUAUUUCGAUAGAAUGGCAAUGAUACUAUUGUCUAACGUCUUGAAUAACGUUUCAUAUCGUAAUGAUUAUGAAUUAGUGACACCUGAGGGGAUCAAAAUGGAAAACAUGACUACUAUAGAUUUUGAUAAAAUUGCGGCUAUAAAUAUUAUUCGUUCAGGUGAUUGUUUCGUGAGCUCCCUAAGGAAAACCAUUCCGAAUAUUGCCAUUGGGAAAGUAUUAAUUCAAUCAGAUUCACAUUCAGGUGAACCUCAAUUACAUUGUGAAUUCUUACCUCCUAAUAUCGCUGAAAACUAUACUAAAAUAAUAUUGACACAGGGACAAAUAAUUAGCGGUGCCGCUAUGAUUAUGGCAAUACAAGUUUUGUUAGAUCAUGACGUUACAUUCGAUAAAAUUAUAGUGAUGGUUCAUUUAGCAACCGAAAAGGGCAUUAGACGUAUAUUAAAUGCAUUCCAAAAUAAAGUGGAUAUAUUCAUAGGUAUACUUGUGGACAAUAAAAAUUUGAAAUAUAAUAAAUGGGCUACAACGAGGUUCAUCGAUUCCAACUAUUUUGGUUGUCCGUAA